GGAAACCGCUUCCUCCCCCCAAGCCAGACCCCCCGAUUCUGCCUCUGGGGCUGGGAGCCUCCGCGUCUCUCUCCCCACUCUCUGGGGGCGCUGGUGGGGCGGCGUCCAUGGGCUCCGUUGGGGUCCCUCUUCUGUUGCUGGCGGGGGCGCUGGCCCGGAUCCCCGGAAGCGAAAGGGGGAAGGAGACGCCCGCCCAUUUCCUGCACCAGACGAAGAACGAGUGCUUCUUCUCCAACGGGACGCGGCGGGUGCGGUUCCUGAACAGGUACUUCUACGACCGGCAGGAAUUCGCCCGCUUCGACAGCGACCUCGGGAAAUACGUGGCUGUCACUCCGUUGGGGCAGCCCGAUGUGAACCAGUGGAACAGCGAUAAAGUCCUCCUGCAGUACUGGAAGGCCUCCGUGGAUCGCUUCUGCCGACACAACUACGGGGUGUACAACUACGAGGUGGCCAAGAGGGAGGAGCGUCUGAUUGGCCGGAGAGCCAAGCCCACCGUCUCCAUCUCCCCCACCAAGCUGGAUCCCACUUCCCCUAACACCAUCCUCCUCUGCACCGCGAGGGGCUUCUACCCCCUGGAGAUCGAGGUCCGGUGGCUGAAGAAUGGGCAGCCGGAGGAGGAGGGUGUGGCCUUCGGGGAGGAGUUCCAGAACGGAGACUGGACCUACCAGCUCCAGGUGAUGCUGGAGACCCAGCCCCAGCGGGGGGACGUCUUCACCUGCCAGGUGGAGCAUGCCAGCCUGGAGGCCCCGAUCACCGUCCAGUGGGAGCCCCGAUCCUCCAACUUGGCCAGGAGCAAACUCUGGACGGGGAUCGUGGCAGCCGUGAUCGGGGUGAUCUUCUUUGCCAUGGGGCUCUCCCUCCACCUGAAGAGCAAGAAAGCAAUUCCCAUCCAGCCUCCUGCAGCACUUGUGAAUUAAUCCUGCCGUCCUUCCUGAUUCCUGAUGGGAAAGGAAGUUUUUUUUUUCCCAGUAGCUGAUGAAUUUCUGUCUUUCUUGCAAUGUCUGAAAAAUGGAGGCUCAAGAUUUUAGAUUGGGGAGAGGAGGAGAAUGGCAGCCUGGAGCUUCUCCUGCUGAGACCCCUCUGGCUUUCCUUUCAGGGCCUCCCUCUCUUGGGAGGGAGGAAGGGAGGGAGACCAUCUAGACUGACCUCAGGGACUCCAGGCCUGCCUGUCACUCCAGACAUCCAACUAUGCUUUGAACCCACAGCAGCUUCAAAGAUGAUUAGGGGACUGGAGGCUAAAACAUGUAAGGAACGGUUGCUAGAAUUGGGUAUGUCUAGUCUAACGAAGAGAAGGACAAGGGGGGACAUGAUAGCAGUAUUCCAAUA